ACAGAAGCAUUGCAGACAGAACGACUGGGAGGUGUAGUGGAAGAAAGGCAAGAGAAACGGAGUAAAUGAAAACACUUUUUCCGAGAUUAUUGUGGGAUUUAUCUGCCAUAUAAUAACUGAAACAGUCCUCAGCAAUGUUCCGGAGUCACUUCUGAACCCUUGUCCAGGUCACCUGCGAGAGAAGAAGACUGCCCAGUUGGCCCCUGGCCACUCUCGGAAGCACACUCUCUCGGGGGGCACCGGGGCAGCAGCAGCCGCAGCAGCCGCAGUAGCCGUUCUCUGUCUGGCACCCCUGGGUCCACUGCCUGUCUGCCUGGCCGCCACGCAGCGCCAUCAUGUCGGACGGCGUGGUGAUCGUCAAGGAGGGAUGGCUGCACAAAAGAGGAGAGUACAUCAAGACCUGGCGGCCGAGGUAUUUCCUGCUGAAGAGCGACGGUACGUUUAUCGGCUAUAAGGAGCGGCCGCAGGAUGUGGAUCAGCUGGAGACGCCUCUGAAUAACUUCUCCGUGGCCCAGUGUCAGCUGAUGAAGACGGAGCGGCCGAAGCCCAACACAUUCAUUAUCCGCUGCCUGCAGUGGACCACUGUCAUCGAGCGCACCUUCCACGUGGAGACUCCCGAGGAAAGGGAGGAGUGGACGAAGGCCAUCCAAGCGGUGGCGGACGGCCUCCAGAAGCAGGAGGAGGAGAUGAUGGAGUCAGAACCGGACCCCAUGGACAUGGAGAUGUAUCUGACCAAACCCCGCCUCAAAGUGACUAUGCAUGACUUUGAAUACCUCAAGCUGCUGGGCAAAGGCACUUUUGGGAAAGUGAUCCUGGUGAAGGAGAAGGCAACGGGGAGGUACUAUGCCAUGAAGAUCCUCAAGAAGGAAGUCAUCGUGGCCAAAGAUGAAGUGGCACACACUCUAACAGAAAACCGAGUGCUCCAGAACUCCAAGCACCCGUUCUUGACGGGCCUGAAAUACUCCUUCCAGACCCACGACCGCCUGUGUUUUGUCAUGGAAUACGCCAACGGAGGAGAGCUAUUCUUCCACCUCUCGCGAGAACGUGUGUUCUCUGAAGAACGCGCUCGGUUCUACGGAGCAGAGAUUGUCUCGGCGCUGGACUACCUGCAUGCCGAGAGGAAUGUGGUCUACAGGGACCUGAAGCUGGAGAACCUGAUGCUGGACAAAGACGGCCACAUCAAGAUCACGGACUUCGGCCUGUGCAAGGAGGGCAUCACAGACGGUGCGACCAUGAAGACGUUCUGUGGAACCCCCGAGUACCUGGCCCCAGAGGUGCUGGAGGAUAAUGACUACGGCCGCGCGGUGGACUGGUGGGGGCUGGGCGUGGUGAUGUAUGAGAUGAUGUGCGGGCGGCUGCCCUUCUACAACCAGGACCACGAGAAGCUGUUUGAGCUCAUCCUGAUGGAGGACAUCCGCUUCCCCCGCACCCUCUCCCCAGAGGCCAAGUCCCUCCUCUCCGGCCUGCUCAAGAAGGACCCCAAGCAGAGGUUAGGAGGUGGACCUGAUGACGCCAAGGAGAUCAUGCAGCACAAAUUCUUUGCUGGCAUUGUGUGGCAAGAUGUCUAUGAAAAGAAACUGGUCCCACCUUUCAAGCCCCAGGUAACCUCGGAAACGGACACACGGUAUUUCGAUGAGGAGUUCACUGCACAGACCAUCACGAUUACUCCACCUGGACAAGUAGACGAGAGCAUGGAGUCUUUUGACAGCGAACGGAGACCUCACUUCCCCCAGUUCUCUUACUCGGCGAGCGGAACCGCCUAGAAGGUCCUCCUCACGUUCCUCUGCAUUCCCCAGCAGUUCCGUUCAUUUCCAGCCAUCCCAGCAGACUGCACGCUCCAGGACUGUGGCAUGUUCCUCACCACCUCUUUUUCCUCCUCUCUCUCUCUCUUUCCUUCUUUCCUUCCACUCCUGCACAAGUCUCUGAUUGUGUUCUAGUACAGACAUCUCUCUCUCUCUCUCUCUCUGUCUCUCUGUUAAAAAAAAAAUGUUAAAAAAGACCUUGCCUAAGGAGAAGAUGUGAAAGAAACAAGAAAAAAAACAGAACAAAGAACUCUGGUUAUUUUUGUGGCCUUAGAUUUCUUUUUGCUGUCUUUUCCGGGGAUGUGAAAGAGGUUACACUACAUUGCGUUUCCAACAUGAAUCGCCAUGAUCAGACAAUCCUAAUGUUCAUUAAGAUUCAGCUAAUGGGAUGGAUUAUUAUGCUGAAAGAGAACAAAUGUUAAAUGGCAGGGUAAAGAGGAGAAAUCCUGUGUCUGAAUUCACCUAAAAUGAAAAGACUGAAAACUAAAAUAAAUAUUAUAUUGCUAUGGACCAAUCAUGACCUCAAUGUUGAGAAUUCUUCCUUGCCCCCCAAAUGAAUAGUUUUUCAAAAGGCUCCAUUUUGGGCUAUUACUCUUAAAAGAAAGAGAGUCAGACUCACUGUCGGUCUGACACCAGUCUCUGAGAAUGUAGAGGUCCAUUCACUGAGACUGUCAUGUCCUCCGGAGAUGUAUCCCUAAUAACAGAAGUCCAGUCAAAUCAAAUGAAAACUGACCUAUGAAUAAGACCUUGUAUUGAUCAUUUUGCCUCCACAGUGGACCAUCCACCUUAAAAUGCCCCUGCUACACCACUUAGACAUGUGCAAUACAGUAAUAGACCAAGCAGAGGCAUCAUGACCCCAGUAGAAGGACUUCAUGCUUAAUAUUAUACUAAUGCUGUCCAGCAUGAAGCAACCUUGUCCAGUUGUUAAGAACGUCACUUCAAAACUGGGACCAAGUGUAUGGGACCAACUUAAGUACAGAUAUUGGUCUUUUGAUAAAUAAACAAUGAUACCACCCAAGACUCUUUUUUGGACCUAACCAACCCCCUCCAUCCCAAAACCCACACACGUGCACACACACACACACACACACACACACACACACACACACACACACACACACACACACACACACAUAGACACACUUGUCCUUAUUUCAGUGCUUGUGUGUUUCUUUUCUUCCUGAAAUCUGCCCCACUCCCCAGCAAUUUCUCUGCAGAUCCCACAUAGCCGUUCAGGUACUUUUCUGGAUUUCUUUUUAUCUCUCUCUCUCUCUCUCUCUCUUUCCCUCUCUUUCUCUCUUUGUUGUUCUUAACCGGGUUUUUCCUGUAUUGGGACACCAAGGUCCCAGUGCCUUCACCACAGCCUCAGUGAGGUCACCAUUAUAGUACACACUCUUCCUCUCUCUCUCAGAGACAAACUGGCUUUUUUGGUUCAGGGGAGACACACUCACGUCAAGUCACGAUUCAUGCCUUCAAUCUCACUCACAGCAGAGGACCUCCAUUUUUCUCUAAGAAGUUUCCGUUGAUCUUAUUUAUAUGACAGAAGCAGUGGGUGGGAAUGAGGGGAUGGAUCAGGGCCAUGACAUGCACUUUGCAUCCCCCCUCCUCCCUGAGUAAAGAUAAAUGUUUGAUGCAUUUGUACACUUCUCUGUACUUUGUUACUCUUUGUCGUUGAAGGCAAUUUAUUCCACAUUUAUUCCACAAGUGUCGACUGAAAUUUGGUGUAAAUACCAUACAAUUUUUUUUUACAGCGAUUGACAUACAAUGAACGUCAGACUUAACUGUGUACAGAUAGGUGAAUCUGUAGGUAAACAUUUAUGGAAACAUUUCUGAAUACUGUAUGCCUUUUUAAAGAAAUUGAAAAACAAACACAGUGUUCGGAUUACAAAACGGCAAUUUCAAUACAUAACUCAUUCAAUGUACUCUAAUGAAUGUAAUGGCUUUUAACUUCUUUAUUUCUAUUGACUUCAAUUCCUACUUUGUAAGCAAUGUUCACAUUUUAGUUCUGAUUGUCUUCUAUGCAUAUGCCCACUCUGCCUUCCCUGUCACCUUUUUGAAAAUAGGGAGAAGUUUUACAUUUUUUUUAUUUUUUAUGAUUUUUAUUUGUUACUCUCGACCCUUCCCUUAAACUGAAGACACCAGCUUUCGUAAUGAAUAAUAUAAACUUUGUACACACUGUUCAGCUGUUUUUACGGUUUAGAAUGUUUUCCUUGGAAUUGAUCAAAUAAACAGUUUGACUAAA